AAACCCCUCUCUCUCUCUCUCUCUCUCUCUACAAGAAAGUCGAAGCAGCCCUAGUGCCGGAGGAGCUCGUGAUCAGCUGCGUUCUCCGAUCGCCCAUCGCCUCCGCCGCUCCUCCACCGCCCGCCGCCGAUCCAGAUCUGUUGCUCCAUCGGAGUCCUCACUGAUAUUCGACGUUGCUUCUCGGUACACACAAGAUGUACUUCCGGUCAUCAUACAAAAAUGCAGGAGUUGAGCUUGUUUUUAUUAGUGUGUCCAAAUGGACUGCAAGAAGUUCAUUCAGAUGGUUGAGGAGAAGAAGAAGAGAGCUCUGGAGAAGAAGGAAGCGCCUUUGAAAUGGGAACAGAAGCUUGAAGCUGCUGCCAAGGCAAAGGCUGAUGCUGAAGCUAAAGCAAGGAAGUUGAAGGCUGUAAAACACAGAACGAGAUCUUCGUCAGCCUCUGACAGUGGUACUGACAGUGAUUCUGACUCUAAGGAGCAGAAAAAGAGGAGACGAUCUCACAAGAAACAUAGGAAGCGUGCCCGCUCUGGCUCCAGUGAUGAUGAGAAGAGGAAGGAGAAGAAGUCAAGGCGCAAACAAAGGAGAGGAUCUUCGGGUACUAGUGAUGAUAGCAGUGAUGAGUAUGAUAGUGAGUUUGAAGAAGAGAGGAGAAAGAAGCGAAGUCAUAAGAGGCGCAGGCAUCAUGACUCAAGAUCAGAUUCUACUGCUGACUCUCCAAGUGAAGACAGUGAUGAUGAGAAGAUUCGGAGGAGAAGGCGUGCAAGGCAUCAUAGACACAAUAGGAAGGUGAAAUCGAGUAGUCCAGAUGAUUUGAGCGAUGAGGAGGAUGCUGCUGUUAGGAAGAGGAGUUAUACAAAGCAUCACAAGAGGCAGCAGUACUCGGAGUCCAGUGAUUCAGGUUCUUCAAGUGAAGUUGAAGAUGGCGAAAUAAGAAGGAAGAGGCAUUCAAAGCACCAUAAGCAUCGCAAACGGUCGCGCAGCCAGGACUUGGACCCAUCAGAUUCUGAUGAGAAUGGACGCGGUCGAAGGAGUCGAUCUGUGGGCAAGUCAUCGGACGACAACCAUGACGAAGCCAGUAAUCUGUCAAAGCACAAGAAGGUUGAGCAUCACAAGCAUGGCCAGCAUCACAAACAGCGGCAUGGUAACAGCAAUGGCAGUACUCUCAAGUCUCAGCCUCCUGGAGAAGCUAUUGGGGAAUCGAUGGACAAACCAACUGCAGAAGAUGGUGUUUGUCAUGAUGCCCGAGCAUGAAAACUCUGGGCUCCCUAGUUGCUUCAUUUAUGAGUGCGGGUGCACACGAAUAACUUGAACUCAUUGGUUUACUCGAUGUGGUCGGAAUCUGUGGUUUCAUGCAACGUUCCAAGUUCAGCUUUGCUUUCUAUCCAAUUUCGUGGUUUAAAGUUCC